AUGGCUGCGAACGGUGACUCGCGGCCCACGCCCGGCGACCGCACCGUCAUUGGUAUCACCUUUGGCAACUCCAACAGCUCCAUCGCCUACACCGUGGACGAGAAGGCCGAGGUUAUCGCCAACGAGGACGGAGACCGUCAAAUUCCCACCAUCCUCUCCUACGUUGAUGGAGACGAGUACUAUGGCGCCCAGGCCAAGAGCUUCCUCAUCCGGAAUCCCAGCAACACGAUCGCAUACUUCAAGGAAUUCCUUGGUCAGGACUUCAAGUCCAUCGACCCCACCUACAACCACGCCUCCGCUCACCCCCAGGAUGUCAAUGGCACCGUCUCCUUCGCCGUGAAGGACAAGGAGGGCGCUGAGGAGCCCUCAAACGUCUCCGUCACUGAGGCCGCCACGCGCUACAUCCGCCGCCUUGUCGGCUCCGCCUCCGACUACCUCGGCAAGAAGGUCACAUCAGCCGUCAUCACCGUUCCCACCAACUUCUCCGAGAAGCAGAAGGAAGCCCUCACCAAAGCCGCCAACGACGCCGGCCUCGAGGUGCUCCAGAUCAUCUCGGACCCCAUCGCCGCCAUCCUUGCCUACGACGCCCGCCCCGAGGCCAAGGUCGAGGAUAAGAUCGUUGUCGUCGCCGACCUGGGCGGCACCCGCUCAGACGUCGCCGUUAUCGCCUCCCGCGGCGGCAUGUACACCGUCCUCGCCACCGCCCACGACUACGAGUUCUCCGGAAGCCACCUCGACCAGGUCGUCAUGGAUCACUUCGCCAAGGAGUUCAUCAAGAAGCACACCACCGACCCUCGCGAAAACGCCCGCUCCUUGGCCAAGCUCAGGGCCGAGUCCGAGUCCACCAAGAAGGCCCUUUCCCUUGGCACCAACGCCAGCUUCAGCGUUGAGAGCUUGGCUGAGGGCAUCGACUUCACCUCCACCAUCAACAGGUUGCGCUACGAGAUGAUCGCCCGCAAGGUCUUUGACGGCUUCAAUCGUCUCGUCGAGGGUGUCGUCAAGAAGGCCGAGCUGGACGUUCUCGACAUCGACGAGGUCAUCCUUGCCGGCGGCACCGCCCACACCCCGCGCAUCGCCGCCAACUUCGCCAACCUCUUCCCCGAGUCUACCAACGUCAUCGCCCCGGCCACCCAGGCUUCCGCCAUCAACCCCUCGGAGCUCCUCGCCCGUGGCGCCGCCCUCCAGGCCUCGCUGAUCCAGGAAUAUGAGGCGGAGGAUAUCGACCAGAGCACGCACGCCGCCGUCACCGUCGUCAAGCACAUCGCCAACGCCAUCGGUGUCGUUGGCGCCAACGACGAGUUCGUCCCUGUAGUCCCUGCCGAGACGGCCGUCCCCGCCCGCCGCACCAUCCACGUCGCCGGCCCCAAGGAGGGCGGUGACGUCCUCAUCCGCAUUGUCGAGGGCGGCGCCCACAUCAAGGUUACUAAGCCCGAGCCCAAGGCCAAGCCCGAGGCCAACGGUGACGACUCCGACUCCGACUUCGACUCCGACGAGGAGGAGGAGACGCGCGAGAAGAUCUGGAAGGUCGGCCCCACCCUUGCCGAGGCCGCUGUCCGCGGUGUCAGCAAGGGCGCCAAGGUCGAGGUGACCAUCAACGUCGCCGCUGACUUGGGUGUUACGAUAACGGCGAGAGAGGUCGGCGGCAAGGGCGGUGUUCGCGGCAACAUUAAGGCCCCUUGA